GGCGCGCCUUGCCGCGCCCUGCUCUAUUACCGCACCUCGCGCGCUUGUGACACUACGGCGGCCAGCCCCUCCGCCCGCCCACGCUCCUGCCUGGUGUCGGUGUGAGUCCCUGGGUUCUGCCGAGCCUCGCCAGCUUUGCUUGGGACGCCCCCUAGGCCAGGAGUCGCGCAGGGGCUGUGGGAACUGGAUGGGGCAAAGCUGUCUAUCCCUGGGCCCAGUCAUUCCUGCUGGCUCCUAACGCAGACGGUGAGCCCAGAAACGGAGCUGUCGGGUUUCCUUUGACCUUGGGAAGCCGAGAAGGUUAUAUGCACCAUGGCUAUGAGUAAUGUCAGAUUACUUGCUGGUCUUUUAAGAAGGACAGAUGCCUGGAUUGGACUCUGGGGUGUGCUCCAAGGGACACUUUCCUCACACAAACGCUGUACCUCCUGGAAUCGAUACUUGUAUUUUUCAAGUACUGAGUUAAACAUAUCAGAUUAUAAAGCACUUUCCCAUAAUAUGUUCUCACUGAGACUCCCAGGGCUUUUAAUAUCUCCUGAACAUAUUUUUCCAUUUUUUGUAAGACUGAAAAGUAAUGUAAGCUCUAAAAAAUCAACUAAAACAUCUCCACAAAAAGUCGAGGAUGAAGAGAACUCUGAUACAGAAGAGGAUCGUAAUGAAAUGAGUGAAGCAGAAGAGCUUGAGGAUGACCCCGGCGUGGUCAGAGACUACAAAGACCUGGAGAAAGCAGUGCCGUCAUUUCGCUAUGAUGUUAUCCUGAAGACAGGCCUCGACAUUGGGAGGAACAAAGUGGAAGAUGCAUUCUACAAAGGUGAACUCAGGCUGAAUGGAGAAAAAUUAUGGAAGAAAAGCAGAACGGUGAAAGUGGGAGAUACAUUGGAUCUUCUCAUUGAAGGGGACAAAGAGGCAGGAACAGAGACAGUGAUGCGAAUUCUCCUGAGAAAAGCAUUUGAAGAGAAGACUGCAAGUGAAAAAUACCGAGUGGUGCUGCGACGCUGGAAGAGGUUACAGUUGCCUAAGAAGAAUAUGUCUAAAUAAAUGGAUUGCUUUUUAAUGGUGGGGGAAAAGGGCCAAAUCAAAAAGAGGACAUUUUUUAUUAAAAUAAAGUUCUCUUACCAUUUGUGGAAUCUGCUGAGCCAUUUUGUGGAAAUUGGGAUCUGAAGACACUUCCUCAGCCUGGGUUUCCCUCCCGGGCUGGACUGUGCUCCUCUGACACAGUGAGCACAUCAGCAUGAGGAGCCUCUGCCCAGUGAGACUGCUGGAUGUCAGAGCCCAGAGGGGCUUAAUGACUUGCCAGUUACUUCCCACAUACACUGCCUCACAGUCACUGUAAAAUAAACUAGCCUUGUUUCUUA